AUGUUUGCUACACGUUUCGCGCGCUACUUUGCGACUGCCGUGCGAUGCGAGGAUCUGAUUAGCAAAGGGAACAAUAAGUAUUUGCGCACGGCCAAGUCGACAUUUGUGGCUGGGCUGCCGCUUCAUCCGAACCCGCUCCCUGCACUGGAAGCUAAGUAUACCCACACGCUCAAGGUGCUGCAAGUGCUCCCAGCUUCAUCUGUAUUUCGCCAAUCGUCAGAGGCGGUGACGCAGCACCGACUUGAUAUUGUGCGCACGGAGCUCUCGGAGCAGACGCAGCAGGAUGCGAACGCGAACGAAAAUGCUAUUUCGAUCGUUACGGGCAAGAUCGACUCGGGGCUCGUCGAGGAGCUGCUCGAGCAAGCACACGAUGAGCUUGGUCUUGCUGCGAAAAUGAUUGAUUGGAAACCGUAUGUACUUGGUAUAGGUGUAGCCGACAUCUUUAUGAUGCACAGAAACUCAGAGCCCUGGGCCGACCCUGUCAGCGACCCUGUCAGCGACCCUGUCAGCGACCCUGUCAGCGACCCUGUCAGCGACCCUGUCAGCGACCCUGUCAGCGACCCCGUCAGCGACCCCGUCAGCAUCCCUAAUACGGCGGCGGGUCACUUUACCUAUGCAGAGUACCAGAUGCUAAAGGAUCGAUGGGGUACGCGUAAAUUGCGGCUUUCCACGGAGAAUAUGCGCGCAUUUCAAGCGUGCUACCUGUGCCUGCAAGAUGCACAGCGCCCUGUAUGCUGCAGUGAAGGCCAUAUGUACUGCAAAGAAUGUAUAUUAUCCGAUAUCCUGGGCCAGAAAUCGCAGCUGAGCAUGCUCGCAAAACAACGUGACGAGCUGCGUGCCAAAGAGCAGGAGAAAAAGAUGGAGGCCGAGCAAGCAGCGUCGCGGCGACGAAUCGAGGCGUUUGCGCUAGGCGAAAGCUCGACUGUGCAUCCCACCUUAAAACGCAAGCUUGGAGAUGACGAGUGCUCCCCGCGCGAGCAUACUGAGAAGCACGGCAAGACAGAGGCGCGCAUCAAAAGCGACGCAACCAUGCCUGCAUUUUGGCUUCCAAGCAUGGCGCCGCAAGCCGAUGCCAAUCCUUCAGCUAUGCUUGCACAGGACCGCGUCUCGACAACGCUAUGCAUCGCCGGCAAGCCGCAUAAACUAACGUACGUGAUCUAUAUUCCUAACAGCAGCACCAAAGGGCUUGUGGACGUGCAUUUUGCGAAACGCACCACCGAUACCAAACCGCAACUGUACUGCCCCAGCUGCAAGAAGGAAUUUUCGACAUCAUCGCAUCCAUCCAUACUCCGCAAAUGUGGUCAUGUCUUGUGUGCGCCGUGCACAAAAGAGCUCGUCCAUAUACCCCUGCAACAAGGCGAGCGAGUUGGGUGCCCCGACUGCAGUGCGGCGGUAGAAAAGCAGCGCGACGUCAUUGCACUAGCACGCGAUGGAACCGGCUUUGCGAGUGAUGGCACGGCUGAGAUCAAAAGCGAUGGUGUCGCGUUCCAGGGCUAA